CACUCUUCCUCACACACUCUCUUUCUCUUUGACUUUUUUUCCAGUGUCUCUCAGAGCUGUGUGUGUGCUGCUCCUGCUCCCUCUCUCUCUCUCUUUCUCUCUCUCUCUAUUCAUCUCCACUGUGUGUGAGAUAACGUCUGCCUCUGAGACCAGUCUCAGGAGUUCCAAGAGCAUUCAGUGAGUUUCAUUCAGAAAUCUGAAGACAUCAUGAAGUUUGAACUGCUGCUGCUGAUUGCCCUAGUUGGGUCUUUUUGUACCAUCACACAUGCAAGUACUAUUGUGGUACCCACAGACGUGGUGCUGGCACAAGUGACAGGGGCCUUUGGGCCCACUGAGGCUGCAGAGACAUUAAAGGAGGUGGAGGAACCUGUCACUGAAGCACCAGCACCAGCUGCUACUGAAGCUGCUGUGGUGGAAGCAGAGACACCAUCUGCUCAUACUAAAGUUCCUGUAGUGGAAGCAGAGACACCAUCAGCUCAUACUAAAGUUCCUGUGGUGGAAGCAGAGACACCAUCAGUUCAUACUGAAGUUCCUGUGAAGGAAACAGAGGCACCAUCAGUUCAUACUACAGCUCAGACGGCGCAAGCAGAAACAACAGAAGGAGUUACGGAAGCUCCUGCCAAAAACACCGAAACAACUGUGGAGGCAGAGGAUGCUGCAGCUACAGAAGCUACACCUGAAGUUAUUGAGGUAGCAGAUGAAACUGAAGCUCCAAAAACAGGGCUGUCAAUCACAGAGACAGUAUUAAACGCAGAGGCAGACCAAGUGAUCGAAACAGAGGGGGAUGAGGUGGAAGUGGAGGACUCAGAGGGUAUGAGCACGGGUCAAGUGGUGGGCAUUGUGUUUGGUGCACUGGUCGCUGUGGUCAUCAUCAUUGCAGUGAUAGUCGUGGUGGUCAGGAGGAUGGGACAAUACUCCCCCUGAAAAGGAAGGUGGCAAGACAGGAAGAAAAGAAGAAAAAGAAGAGGUUCUGGAAAUUCUGAACUACUGAACUGAUGUCAUUUCCUGUCAUUAAAUAAGCAAGCCAGGAGCACUCUAAUCAUCCAGGACAAUUAGGGCAGCAUCCUGCCUUACCCUAUCCCUAGAACCAUUGAUUUGGACACUUCCCCCAUCACCCUAACACCCCCCCCCCCCCCCCCCCCCCACCAAACAAACAAACAAAAAACCCUGCCCAUAACCCCCACCACUGCCAAAGAUUCAGACAGGAAGUAAAGGAGGAGGAAGAAUUUGAAUGUGUCACAUAUACUUACAACACAUCUGGGUUGUUAUGUGGACCUAAUGAGCAAACACAUUAACAGCCAGUUAAAAAAAAACAAACUAAAAUAUCUUUUAAAAUAACGGGGAGAUAUGAGGUAAAGUACAGAAACGCGAAAUAGUACAUAUGUAAAUAACACCAAAAAUGGCCAUAACUCACCAGCCUUUAACUUUCUCUCUUUUUUUUAUUGCAUUCUAUGUAUCGAAAGCAUGCUUGAACACACACCAGCAGUAGUUGAGUCUAUAUCCACAUUCAAUUCCAUGUAGCAUGACAAACAUUAAUGUGCUGCAGUAGUAUGACACAUAAAAAGCAUUUUAUAACCAGAUUAUAGGCAUUUUAUAAAGAGAUUGUAACAUGUUGUAUACAUUCCCAAGCAGAUCAGAUGUCAGGACAAAUUGGGCCUGCAUAAUAUCUUUCAUAUUUUGGUUUAACUAGUAGCUUUAAUCCUGACAUAUAAAACUUUGACAGGACAUUAAUGGAAUGGCUAAUGGCUCGGGUAAUUUCUAUGUUCAACUCUUGCAGUUCAUUAAUGUGAAUUCAAAUUGACGUGGUUGUUUUUAACAGCCUCCCUUUUCAGCAGUAAUUAAAUCAUAUUUACUUUGCUCCACAGCAUAACGCCAGUGUGAAUACUGCUUAAAGUUUUUCAACCAGGGUCAUUUUUGGAAAUUCUGUUCAAUCUGGAAAACAUUUAAGAAGCUUAGAGACACUCGGUCUCAUCAUCCUUUUACAUCAUGUGGUCUGGCUACCAGACUUGCGCUUUAACCUCAGGUUCACUGGACAAGAAGUGACUCUUUUUGCUGCGUAAUUAAGGGGUGUGUGUUAUGCUGUGCUUGCUUUAAUAUGUGCACUGACUGACAAAAAAUGUUUAAUGUAAAAUGGUUUGAGACACUGCAACAGUUUGCAACGAUGCCUUUUUUUUUAUGCUUACUCUAUACGCCAGGUCCUCACUUUACUGUCUGCUGUCUAAGUCAUUUUAUUUAAUUGCAGUGUUUUUUUCUUUUUCUUUUUGGAUGUUCAUACUGUUUCGAUUAAAAAGUGAAAAUUGA